AUGAACCCCCGCAAAUGCGCUUUUGGCGUAACAUCUGGAAAAUUUCUUGGUUUCAUUGUGAGGCACCGCGAUAUUGAAAUUGACCAGUCCAAAAUUGAAGCUAUCCAGAAAAUGCCAGAGCCCAAGAAUCUACGAGAACUUAAAGGCUUGCAGGGAAAACUGGCCUACAUACGACGAUUUAUCUCGAAUUUGGCCGGUCGAUGUCAACCUUUCAAUAGAUUGAUGAAAAAGGAUGUGCACUUUGAAUGGGAUGAGGCUUGCAGCAAUGCUUUUGCACGCAUCAAAACAUACUUACUUAAUCCUCCAGUUUUAGGUGCUCCUAUCCCAGGAAAGCCUUUGGUACUGUAUAUUGCGGCCCAAGAAAGGUCUCUAGGUGCUCUUAUGGCACAAGAAAAUAAAGAGGGGAAAGAAAGAGCCCUUUAUUAUCUAAGUCGAACUCUCAAUGGGGCUGAAUUAAAUUAUUCUCCUAUUGAAAAGAUGUGCCUCGCUCUUUUCUUUGCCAUAGACAAACUGGAGCACUACAUGCAAGCAUAUAUGGUCCGUUUGAUAGCAAAGGCAGACCCAAUCAAAUAUGUCCUCUCCAGGCCAGUGAUUUUGGGUUGUAUAGCUCGAUGGGCAGUCUUGCUUCAGCAAUAUGACCUUGCAUAUGUUCCACAAAAAGCUGUCAAAGGACAAGUAUUGGCAGAUUUCUUAGCUGAUCACCCAGUUCCGUCUGAUUGGGAGUUCUCUGAUGAUUUCCCGAAUGAAGAUGUGUUUUACAUUGAAGUAAUGCCACCAUGGGUGAUGUUUUUUGAUGGGGCUGCACGUCAAGAAGGAGCGGGGGCAGGUGUAGUGUUUGUUUCUCCACAACGGCAAAUACUUCUUUACUCGUUCUCAUUAAGCGAACUCUGCUCUAACAACGUGGCUGAAUAUCAAGCAUUGAUCAUUGGUCUACAGAUGGCUAUUGAGAUGGGCAUAUCGCAACUUGAGAUCUUGGGAGACUCCAAAUUAGUUAUCAACCAAAUCUUGGAGCAAUAUGACGUCAAGAAAGAAGACCUCAUCCCCUAUUGUAAAUAUGCGAAGAAGUUGCUAGCAAAUUUUGAAGCCAUCACAUUGGAGCAUAUACCAAGGAAGGAGAAUAGACAGGCCGAUACUUUAGCUAAUUUGGCUACUGCCUUAGCAUUAUCCCAACAAGAAACAACCAAAGUCGCUAUUUCCCAAAGGUGGGUAGUACCUCUUGUGGUUGAAGAAGAAGAGGAAGAGCAAGCCAACAUCAUUUCUGUAUGCCUUUUCGAAAAAGAAGAUUGGCGACAAGUGAUCAUUGAAUACCUUCAACAUGGAAGACUCCCGGAUGAUAAACGCCACAAGACCGAAAUUCGACGGAGGGCUGCUCGAUUCAUUUACUAUAAAGACACUCUCUUCUGCCGUUCAUUUGAUGGAUUGUUUCUCCGUUGCUUAGGAGAGGAGGAGGCUAAACAAGCCUUAGAGGAGGCUCAUUCUGGAAUAUGUGGCGCACAUCAGUCAGGUCCUAAGUUACAUUAUAGGAUCAAACGAAUGGGUUACUAUUGGCCUAUAAUGGUGCAAGAUUCUAUGGAAUGCGCUAAGAAGUGCGAAACUUGGCCAUUACCAAAGUCAUCCGGUGGCCAUUUGUACAUCUUGGCCGCAACUGACUACUUCUCGAAAUGGGCAGAAGCUGUACCCCUUAGGGAAGUGAAGAAAGAAACGGUGGUCAAUUUCAUUCGAACUCAUUUGAUCUAUCGGUAUGGUGUCCCUCGGUAUAUCAUAACUGAUAAUGGCAAACCCUUCUACAAUAAGCUGAUGACGGAGCUAUGUGAGAAGUUUGAAUUUAAACAAUACAACUCCUCCAUGUACAAUGCCCCGACAAAUGGACUAGCUGAAGCGUUUAACAAAACACUUGGCAGUUUGUUGAAAAAAGUUGUAUCCAAGACAAAGUGA